GCCUCAGGCGGCCGCGCUUCCGCGAAUCCGCCGCCGCCGCCAUGGGCAAGAAGCAUAAAAAGCACAAGGCCGAGUGGCGCUCGUCCUACGAAGAUUAUGCAGACACACCACUUGAGAAGCCUCUGAAGCUGGUACUGAAGGUGGGCGGAAGCGAAGUGACUGAGCUCUCAGGGUCUGGCCACGACUCCAGCUACUACGAUGACAGGUCAGACCAUGAGCGGGAAAGACACAGAGAAAAGAAAAAGAAAAAGAAAAAGAAGUCUGAGAAGGAAAAGCAUCUCGAUGAUGAGGAAAGGAGAAAGCGGAAGGAAGAGAAGAGGAGGAAGCGGGAGAAGGAACACUGCGACUCAGAGGGAGAGGCUGAUGCCUUUGACCCAGGGAAGAAAGUGGAAGUGGAGCCACCCCCAGAUCGGCCAGUGCGAGCAUGCCGGACACAGCCAGCUGAGAAUGAGAGCACACCCAUGCAGCAGCUCCUGCAGCACUUCCUGCGCCAGCUCCAGAGAAAAGAUCCUCAUGGGUUUUUUGCCUUUCCUGUCACCGAUGCGAUUGCUCCUGGGUAUUCAAUGAUAAUAAAACACCCAAUGGACUUUGGCACAAUGAAGGACAAGAUUGUAGCCAAUGAAUACAAGUCAGUGACAGAAUUUAAGGCAGAUUUCAAACUGAUGUGUGAUAAUGCAAUGACCUACAAUAGACCAGACACUGUAUACUACAAGUUAGCCAAGAAGAUCCUGCAUGCAGGCUUUAAGAUGAUGAGCAAAGAGCGGCUGUUAGCUUUGAAGCGCAGCAUGUCGUUUAUGCAGGACAUGGAUUUUUCUCAGCAGGCCGCUCUUUUGGGCAGUGAAGACACAGCAGUUGAGGAGACUGUCCCCGAGGUUGUCCCAGUGCAAGUAGAGACUGCCAAGAAAUCCAAAAAGCCGAGUAGAGAAGUCAUCAGCUGCAUGUUCGAGCCUGAAGGGAAUGCCUGCAGUUUGACGGACAGUACUGCGGAGGAACACGUGCUGGCCCUCGUGGAGCAUGCAGCUGAUGAGGCUCGGGACAGGAUCAGCCGGUCCCUCCCUGGCAGCAAGAUGGGCUACUUGAAGAAGCUGGCAGAUGGGAGCCUGCUCUACAGUGUGGUGAAUGCAGCUGAGCCGGAUGCUGAUGAGGAAGAGACACACCCUGUGGACCUGAGCUCACUCUCCAGUAAGCUGCUCCCAGGCUUCACCACGCUGGGUUUCAAAGAUGAAAGAAGAAACAAAGUCACCUUCCUCUCCAGUGCCAGCACUGCACUUUCUAUGCAGAACAACUCCGUGUUUGGUGACUUGAAAUCAGAUGAGAUGGAGCUGCUGUACUCAGCCUAUGGAGAUGAGACAGGAGUACAGUGUGCACUGAGCCUGCAGGAAUUUGUGAAGGAUGCUGGAAGCUACAGCAAGAAAAUGGUGGAUGACCUCCUUGACCAGAUUACAGGUGGAGACCACUCAAGGAUGCUCUUCCAAUUAAAGCAGAGGAGAAGUGUUCCCAUGAGGCCUGCGGAUGAGGUGAAGGUUGGUGAUGCAUUGGGAGAUGGCAGUGGCUCUGUCCUGGAUUUCAUGUCCAUGAAAUCCUACUCUGACGUCUCUCUGGACAUCUCCAUGCUCAGCUCUCUAGGGAAAGUAAAGAAGGAGCUGGACCAUGAUGAUGGUCACUUGAACUUGGAUGAGACAGCGAGGCUCCUACAGGACCUGCAUGAGGCACAGGCGGAGCGUGGAGGUUCCCGGCCAUCAUCCAACCUCAGCUCCCUGUCCAAUACCUCUGAGAGAGAUCAGCACCCCCCAGGAAGCCCUUCUCGCCUGAGUGUGGGGGAACAGCCAGAUGUCACCCAUGACCCGUAUGAAUUCCUCCAGUCUCCGGAACCUGCAGGCUCAUCCAGGAACUAACUUGUAGUGGCCUGGGAAGGUGGUGGCUUGUCUGCAGUCACGUCAGCCGCAGAGGGACAACAGCUCUGUUUAAUCCUGUGAGUUCCAAGCAGUGAAAACCACGUAGAGGGUCUGAAGCUGAUUGCACAGCCACGUGGACUGCACUGAGUGCCAGAGUGUGGACCAAAGCUUCCAUAUUGGUGCGGGGGCACAGAUGAGGCCCAGUUUUCGUUCGGUGAGAGUCCUACACAUCUCCAACAUAGUGCGUUUCUCAGCAGACCAUAGAGGACCAGCACAGGAGGCCAUGGGGAGCCUCAGGCAGGCUGAGGCAGUUUCUGCUUCCAGUGUGGUGGCUGAGCCUGAGGAAGGUGGUGUUCUGCUGGGAAACUUUGAGCCGGACUGCGAGGUACUAUGAAGUACUCAGAGCCGUAAAGUGUUUUGUAACUGGAUAUGUUUACUGGGUGCCUGCUUGUAUUUGCAGAAUACUGUAAACACAGAUCCUAAUAAAGAGACUUCUAAAAUGGA